CAGUGUAAAAGUUGUCGAAUUUCUUGCAAAGUGAUGGUGAAAUAACUCAAUUAAAACAUUAUCAAGGCAUCGGAUGAGUUAUAACAAGUAACAGAUGUGUAGAACUCAUCACACUUACUAGAAUGGAUAGACAAGACUUGUCAGAAGAUGCUGCUCAGCAGUUGCAGCUUGUCACUGAUGUCGUACAGAGGCAUGCCAAACUUCAACACACCAUCAGAACAAAGAACUCAGCAACGGAUGACAAUAAAUUGUAUAAAGAUGUUGCAAAAGCCAAUGACCAACUCCGCAGCAUCAAGAGCCAAAUUGAGGGUAGUCAUGUUGGUUAUGAAAUGAACCAAUUCAACGAAGACCUCCUUCCUGAGCUGCACAGGAUGGCACAGCUGACUGUACCCAGUUACCUUGAAGAUCACAGAAGCAAUAUCUUCAGCCACAUUCAAAAUUGUUUCAAAGUUUCUCCAGCAAAGAUCUUGUUCUGUGGGUUGCACACUUGCCCCUGGUACGCAGACACCCAGAAAGAAAUUGGACAAAAGGCAAGACACAACACCAUCAUUGUUGUGUACGUGGAUCCUGAUGUCAAGUUCUACUCUCCGACUCACCCACAUGUGAAAGACGAAGACCACAUUACAGACAAGGGCUGGUUCAUUGCCAUUGAGCUCUUCCACUUCAUCCACAACUUACUGAAGGGCAAGUCGCGCCUGUGCGAAGUCGUCUUCUGCCCCGAGAAUGCCGUCAUCCAUUCAGAUCCAGAUUGGUAUGAACUCAAGUUGUUGAUGGAUGGAGAACAUUUGACUGGAUUGCGAGGAUUCAUCGAGCAAUGUCGAGGACAGGCCGUGGGACAUGUUGGCAAGAAGGUGAAAGAGGGACGCAUGAAAUACAAGGAAGGAGCAACGCUCUAUGACUUCUGUCAAUCAUACAGGCUUCUCCACCAUGCACACCAAGCUCUGAACGGACAGCCCCUCAGCCUCGGACCAGUGGAUGAUGAGUCCCUGCCCGCGCACGCUAAGGUUGCCAGGCAAUAUCUACGCCAUGCAUUUAGUCAUCAGGAAAGUGAUGGCUGCAAUUCUGAAGAGAAAUGUGUCAGCAAGCAGGAGCUGUUCGACCACGUCAUGGUUUGGAAGAAGGAACUCGACGAUCGAAUCAAGAUAUUCAAAUAUACGGGGCUGAAUACUCUGGAGCCAAAGCUUGGAGUAUGGAUGGCCAAGACAAGACAUGGCGGACGAAUACCUCAACAUAUCGCUGAUAUUCCCAGUGAAAAGAAAGAAACCUUAACAGAUCUGAUGAGGCUUAUUGGUGGACCACUCAAAGACAUGGACCCGUCUCAAAUCGUGAUGAUUGCCAAGGCUGGAAGCGCCCUCUAUGGACUUGCUACACCAGAGAGCGACGUCGAUUAUAUUGUUGUUUAUGCAGAACCAACAGAGAAACUAUCAACCUCGUGCAAGUAUUUGAAUGAAGCGUACGAGAGUCGAGGACCAGAGAAGAGCUUUGAAUACGGCAUGUAUGAAGUGAGGCUGUUUGUUGAGAUGGUGCUAAAGGGGAGUGUGGUCAUUUUGGAGCUGCUCUUUGCUGAGAAUCUGGAAUAUACGAGUCCAAUGUGGGAGAAAUUGGUUGAAGACAGGAAAGCGUUUUUAACGGAGCACGCAAUUCUACAAUAUCUCGGCCUCAUCAAGAACAACAUCAAAACGAUCAAGUCUGAGAAAUUCCGGGACCAGCCACGGGAGAAGAAGUUAUACUAUCAGAUCUUUCACAAACUCUAUUGCCUCCAAUAUUUCCUCAGAGGGGACGUCCCAUUCGUACGCCCAGGCGGAGACGACAGAGACUUUAUCAUGAACAUCCGCCGUGGACCACUAGAGAGCGACAUUAGCAGUGCAAAACUAUUAGAAAUAGUCGAGGAAAGGGUUGAUAAAUUCUAUGUGGAUAUGUACGAAAGGAAAACACGAUUGCCAGAGUUCAUGAACUAUAUUGCCAUGACUAAUUGGUUGCUAGAAGUCAGGGGUCUGCGGUGAUUGGUUGCUAGAAGUCAGGGGUCUGCUGUGAUUGGUUGCUAGAAGUCAGGGGUCUGCUGUGAUUGGUUGCUAGAAGUCAGGGGUCUGCUGUGAUUGGUUGCUAGAAGUCAGGGGUCUGCGGUGAUUGGUUGCUAGAAGUCAGGGGUCUGCGGUGAUUGGUUGCUAGAAGUCGGGGGUCGGCAGUGAUUGGUUGCUAGAAGUCAGGGGUCUGCUGUGAUUGGUGGGUUUGCUGGGCUAUAAAGCUCUCGUCUGCAGGACACCCAGUGUUUAAUAUUGAUGGCCGAUCAUGUGCGAUCACGUGAUGUCACUUCGAACCUAUCUGUAACUACUUGAGCCCUUUGCUCCUCUGAGAGCAUAGGCCUUUGAAAACUUUCCUCCAUCAUCUGUUGUCCCUGGCGACCCUCUCCAGUUCUUGCCAAGAGUGACCCAUCAUGUCACUCUUGAGAUUCUGUCUCCAGCUGUUCCUGGGUCUCCCCUUUCUUAAAUCUAUAAUCAAUCUAUUGUGUAAGUGUACCUGUCUAUAGAGGUACAGGAAAAUCUGUUCACAUUUACAAAGUGAUUCCAAACAGUUCAAAGCAAAAACCAUGUGUGUGUAAUAUCUAUUCAUAUUUCAAUGAAUUUCCUUUGCAUGUUUAAAGCUUACAAGAUGAGUUAGUUUACUUAUUUGCGAUAGAAAGGAUGUGUCACAGUGUCUGCACGUUCACAAAGCAUGCUAUCUCACAUGAACCAUCUUCAUUAAGGACACUAGUCUUGGUCCCAAAUUGGUGUUUUCCGUUCAAUUUGAACAUAUGAUGUCAUUAGGUCUUUGACUACAGAUGAAUGCCUUAGAAAGGAAAGACCAAAUGCGUUUUGAAUGUAAGGGUAGCAGGUUCAAAGAGCCGUGGGGCCUAUUUCCAAGGUCUGGUAAUUCCAUUAACACCUUCAGCGCCGAACCACCUUGAUCUACGUGGCCCAAAUCCCCCCUCUUUGAGCUGGUUAUCGGAGUCUCAUGGACUUCAUUGAAGAACUACGCCAUCGCCAUCUUCAGGGCAAGGUAGGAACUGAAGAGAACAAACGGUCUUUUCAGUUCCUACCGUGUCCUGAAGAUGGCGAUGGCGUAGUUCAGAACUUUAAAUGACUUCACGAAAGAACUACGCCAUCGCCAUCUUCAGGGCAAGGUAGGCACUGAAAUGACCAAACGGUAUGAUUAUCGAUGUCACACGUUGUUGUGACAUGUUUACCGGUCGCCGGGCGGAGUGGGUCAAUGUGUGCUGGUUCACAAAGAAGCUCACGAGUUGGCUUUGAACAAGGUCCACAAUGAUUCAUCUUUAUUCAUUUCAAUGAAUGGCAUUUGAUAGUUCAAUUGCCGGCCUCUACUUAAUGUACAUAUAUAAUUCAUUAAAGGAAUCUCUGAACAUAGUUCGCUUCGAUACAACAAGCCGAUCUUGGAACAUCCUCGAAUAUCAUAGUCAGUCGUUCGCUCCUUCUCUAUAGUACACAUUAUUUUAAUGGCGUCGACGUUUAUUGUUGCGUUAAGCACAGUAAUGUUCUGAGAUACGAGCCUUGAUUGAACUCGAAGGCAACGGGGAAGAUAAAAUAGAGAGUUUCGGCUGAUCUAUCACAAGUCAUUUACAAAAACUUGGGACCACAUGACACCGGCGGUGGAUCGUGAGCCUCGAGAAUUUGAGAUUGCACUGAAUGAAAUUUAAGAUGUUUUGCGGUAAAACGUUUUAUUCACUGAAUUUUUCCAAAGAUAACGAGUAUAAAAGAUACCGUAUACAUACAUAUACAAAGUAAUAACGCAGACAGUCCUCUUGGAAUCAAGGUACAUGUACCAUCAUAUUGUUAAAUCAUGGAUUUAUGGAAUAGAGACCUAGGCCUUAGAUGUAUCGAGAGUUGCUUGCUAUUUGGUUGACCGCGCAGACUGUCAGCCUAUACUACCCCUGACAGAUGUUAAUAAUGAGACAGCUAUCGUACUGACUACCCUUUAAUAUGUGCCGUACCGCUGACAGUGACGUGAUGGAAUCAUCACGAAGCCAUACAUUUCAAGCUUUGAAAGCAGAAAACGACCUUCCAGCAGCCGAUUCGAAUUAUCCUCCAGAUUGGCCCA